CCCGUGGGCUGUUCCGGAUGUAACGCCUCCCUCCAGCCUACCGGCUGAUCCUCUUAUCGACAAGCAGGCGGCCAAGAUGGAUGUUGUGAACCAGUUGGUGGCCACCGGGCAGUUCACCAUAAUCAAACAGCCUUUGGGAUUUAUGAAAAUCCUACAAUGGAUCUUUGCCAUCUUUGCUUUCUCGACAUGCGGCAGCUACUCUGGCAUGUUCAAGAUGAGUGUGGAGUGUAAAAACCGGUCAGAGAGUGACCUGAGCAUUGAGGUGGAGUUUGAGUAUCCAUUCAGGCUACAUCAGGUGUACUUCGAUGCCCCAACCUGCAAGGGGGGAAACCCUGAGCGUCUGUUCCUGAUUGGAGACUACUCCUCCUCAGCUGGGUUCUUUGUCACCGUCGGUGUCUUCUCCUUCCUCUACUCCAUGGCAGCCCUUUCUGUGUACGUUUUCAUUCUGGAGAAAUACCGUGAAGGCUGCAAGGGAGCCCAGAUUGACUUUGUUGUGACCUGUGUGUUCACCUUCUUCUGGCUGGUGGCUUCUUCUGCCUGGGCUAAGGGUCUGUCAGAUGUGAAGGCAUCCACCGACCCAGACAAGGUUCUCUUACUGAUCGAGGCCUGCGACGAACCGGAGAACCGCUGCCGUGAAGUCCAUGACCCUGUCGUCUCUGGCCUCAACACAUCUGUGGCAUUUGGCUUCCUGAACCUGAUCCUGUGGGGAGGGAACCUGUGGUUCGUGUUCAAGGAGACUGGCUGGCUGGCAGCUUUUGGAGGCACAUAUGCACCUUCCCAGGAGAAAGCGCCUGCCCCAGAGUCCUUCGGCCAGGACGGCUAUGGGCAGGAGGGCUAUGCACAGCAGGGGGAUGCCUAUACCGGCACCCAGGGAGGCUACCAGCCCGACUAUGGCCAGGGUGGCUACACUGAGGGAGGUGGAGACUAUCAGCAGGGGGGAUACGAACAGCAGCCCACCCCCUACGCCAAUCAGAUGUGAGCUGGUCCACCCUAUGGCAGCUGGAAGCUGGGGCCACCAUGUGAUUUAGGAGUGUGGUGCCUGACCCCCACCCACAAUUCCACACUCCUCUGUUUGUCUGUUUGUGCAUUUGUGAGUUGACAAGAGGAGGGAGGGAGGCAGGCAGCGAGGGAUGGAGGAAGGUGGGCUCUUGGAAGGGGAAGUUAUCAACACCGUGUCCCUUGGGAGAGGGUUAUUUUGUUGAGGGGGAAAUGGGUCCUUACUGUAACAUGCUGUUUAUUCUCGUGAUGUAUUUAACUGUGGAAGACAACAGGGGAUUCAUUGACAGUUUGAUCGCACAAGAACAAACUGGAAUACAAAAACCAAAACAUGAACAUCAAUCUUUUAAAGGAAUAACACUUAAAUGAAGGACAAUAAUGGUAGUAAUAUUUAACGUGGGAGAAUGUAUUUGUUUGUGCUAUGUAAAUAUCAACAUAUUCUUAUAGAAAUAUAUGUACACAGUUGAAUAAUUGUGCACUCCAUAUUAGUUGUUAUACAACAAAUGUAGAGAACAGAGUUAUUCAGUUGUAUUUACUUCAGUUCUGUUUAGGAGCUCACAUAGUUCAACCCUCAUUGUUUUUUAAUAUUUAUGUUUUGUGUUUAUUUUAUUCCUCCAAGUGUGUUUCUCUACAUUUUCAGUUUAUUCAGUUUCAGAAUAGUUAUUUUCUCAUUGUGCUUUUUUAUUUGAUCAACAUUACUGAAUGAGUUUAACGGGAUAGAGUAGAGAAGAUGUGAUGGAGAGACGUGAUGGAUGAAGACAAAAAAAGAAAGCAAAAAGAAUGACGAAUUCAGAGAGAGAGUAGAGAAGAAUGAGAGAGGUGUUUGCAGUGAUUUAUGUAUUCAUUACAACUUGUAUUCAUUGUCUUUUAUAUUUUUCCAUUGAAAUAUUACUCAAGGAUUUAGCUAUGUUUGUUGAGAAAAGCUGAAAUGCAAAAAGGAGAAAAUGCAUCUAGGAUAAUGAAAAAGUAGUUAGCAUGGUAAGAAUUGGUAUUCUGCUAAUACUAUGCUGUUCCUAAAAAGUGCUGUACAUACUAUGCUAUCAACACUUUUAGUUAAAGAUGAUUUGAGGUUGUGAAGUCAACUGAUGUUAAGGGGACCAUUAUUUUUACGUAGUUUAGAACUUGAUGUCAGAUAGAUUGGGCCCAGAACCUUGUCAUGUUUCCAUCCACUAUUUAUCUCGUCUAGAGAUGAGUCAUAAGACAGAAUAAGUAAUCAUGUUUAUUCACAAUUUAUUUUGGUCAUCUGAUCAAAACGCAUCCAUAUAUUUUCAUAGAACUAAAUCAGUAUGGCACAAUGUGUCAUUUUCAAGACCAUAUACAAGCCAUAGAAAAUAAGUAUAUUUUACAUAUUAAUAUAGCAAACUAAGUUGUCCUGAACUGUAUCUUGUUUCCAUAUACAUAAAAUAUGGGGGGGUGCAAGUGGCAAACAAGUGUUACAGUAAUAGUAUGUUUGGCUCAUCAUAAGGUCACAGCACAGUGCAGCUCUGCUAUAUUUUACACAAAGUACAGGGACUACACAUGUUGCAAUGGUCACUCUUUUCAAGGUCAUGUAGAUUGGCUGACCUGCCAUACUGCCAAUCUUCUCUUUGGAUAGAAUAAAAACUGUAUUGCCAAAUGGAAACAGGACAGGGGUGUCUUGAUCGAUAGAUUUUGCUUCCACAGUUAUCACAAGUAAAUUGUUUUUCAUCCAUGUUAUUCCAUUAUGCAGUUUUGGAUCCAUACGUUUAUUUUUUUACCAGUCGGUGUAGAGGCACCUCACUUUCUCUCCCUUCUCCUGUGUUCUCUCUCUCUCUCUCUUUCUCUCCCUUCUCCUGUGUUCUCUCUCUCUUUCUCUCCCUUCUUCUGUGUUCUCU